AUGGAUAUGAUAAAAUGUGUUGGUUUGAGAUCCAAUAAUCAGGUAAGAAUCUAUUCCGGCCACAAAAUGAUAUUCAUAAUUUUGACCCGAGAAAAUGUGAAUUGAAUUACUGAAAUUGCAGUUUGAAACUGAUAAAACUUCUGUUUUUCUUGAUUUUUUAUGCAGAAAAUCUUGAAAAAUUGUUGAUUUUAUCAGUUUGAAAUAGGAAUUUCAGCGGAGAUGCGGAAGCUAUGCCCAAUUUUUGAAUUUUUCAGCGAAAACUCAAUUCUUUGUUUCAGAUUGUCAGUCAGCAAUCUUGCUCCAACCGACAUACCAACAAAUACAACUCCGAUUCAAGGAUGAUGAGUAUUUGAUUCGUGAAAUGUUGUCGCUGGCAUAAAAUUCGGAAAAAUAUCACAAGAAUUUUGGUUCCGAAGUUUCGAAUAAAACAAAAUUCAACUUUUUGGUGAGUUUUUUUUAUAUGAAAAAAUUAAAUUUGAUUGAAAAUAGCUCGAAAUUCUGAAAUAUCCAAUAAAAAACUAAUAAAAUUUAGAGUUUUCUUGAUUUUUCAUUUUUUUUUUCGAAAAUCUUGAAAAAUCGUUGAUUUUAUCAGUUUUAAAUUGGAAUUUCAGCUGAGAUGCGGAAGCUAUGCCAAAUUUUUGAUUUUUUAAUCAAAAACUUACUUUUUUCAAAAAAUAUUUUGAGUAUAAUAUGUAUGAGUAAUUUUCAUGAAAUUUGGAGCAUUUUAAGCUCAAAUUCGAAGAAAAUCUAAGAUUUGCUAUGGGCUCAACAUGAUUUAAAUUCGCCAAAAAAUUCGAAACAUUUUUUACUCAACACUUCAAAUCUUGAUGAAAUAUUGACUUGAAGUGUUGAGUAAAAAGGUUCCCUUGUCAAAAAAAAUGAAGUUGGAUUUUGAGCCCAGAUAUGAAAAAUUGAAAUUUUUGGUGUCAAAACCACUUCCACGUCAUUUUUCGGGCUCAAAAUACUCCAAAAUUGCAUGCCACGUGUCCAAAAUUCACCCUAACUCCAAUAUUUUUCCAGACAAAAACAUGGAACAACACUUUUCGGAUGUGAUUUCCACCGACGAAACUCUGGCAAAUCUGAAAAUUCAAAUUUCAAAAGUCAAACUCGACCGCAAUUCUUCGUGCCUCGAAGUUUUCUGGAUGUGUUUUGAUGGAGCAGAAAGUGAUGAGCAAACUAAAAAAUUAUAA